AUGAGCAACCUGGAGAGGCUAAAACAACGGUUGGAAGAGUCACUAGAGAAACACAAAAAUAGGUUAUUAAAAACGCGCUAUAAAAAGGCGAAUGGGUUAAUAGACGGCAAGGCGAAAAAGAGUACCAACAACACAGCGGAAGGAACUAAAAAUAUAGACGGCACGAAGAAUGAAAUAACAAACCCGGGAAGAGUAAAAAAUGCAACAGUAGGAAGAGAUAAACACCCCAACGUAUAUGAUGGGAAUAGUGUGAGAAGCAGAUUGGUGGGAAGGUUAGGGAGUGCAAAGGCUCCUCAGGUGAGAGGGAAAAAGGAAAGCAAUACAAUGGCUAGUCGUCCUUUGAAGGACAAGCUGCACUGUAAAGCGAACUCAUCAACACGUGUGGUACGGGAGAGGAAAACAAAAAUAGAUGUAGCAAAGGGGGGGGUUCCCGAUAGGAGUGAAGCUAACCACGCAAUGGAGGAGGACACGUUGGAAGAGCACCCUGAGGGGGACGGAAACUUCGAUGGAGUCUCCAAAGAGAUCAGAGAUAACCUAAACGACCUGUUCAGGCAUUUUAUAAACUGCAGGAUUAACAACCUGUAUGUUAUUCACGGGGACCGAGGGAAGCUUCCUAGGGGGGAGUUUUCAGAAGAGGGCAGAGGGGUCAUGAUGAUUCCCGGGGUGGGGACAAACGGCGAAGUACAGGAGGGAGUCAUUGGAGAGGCUGCUGGUCAGAGGAACGAGUUGGAUGCAGCGUUCCCCAACGUUGAUCAGGUGGGAUGUGAAGACGAUACCAGGGGGGAAGAAGAGGGACUAUACAGGCGUUUAUUCAAUGUAAACGGAGAGAGGGUUGUUAAUGGAGUGAGUCGAAAGGGAGAGACACACAAGGAAACACAGCUAAUAGGCGCUGACGUCAAAAGGGGGGGGAAAAAUGAAAGCAUAAUGGCAGACGGCAGAGUAACCCUAUCGAACGAAUCAAUCGGGGCAGACAUCGGAAGCGGAAGGUACAAUAGCACCUUCGUCAAGCUAAUGCAAAUAAAGAAAAAAAUAAAAAAAAAAAUAGAAAAGUUCGAGGAUGAAGGGAAUAAAUUGUUUUGCACCGAUGAGAGGACCGUGUGCAAUUCGGACGCGUCAAAUGAGGAGAGGAACCUACCAGUUAGGGACGUCUCGACGUUUACAGAUGGUAACGCUGCUUCUUCAAAGGGAUUUAACCAUUGGGGGGUCGUACAGGUGGACUCCUCUGUGGCUUCCGCUGCGAGCACCAACCAAGAAGUUUCUUCCACGGGGGAGAGCAUCGAGCUGUUCACGACACAGAAAAAUAUUUUCGUCUGUAAUUACUACACGAAGAAGUCAAGGAGGAAGGAUAGGUUUAAUGGUAGGAAGGCCCAGGACGGGGUCCACGUGGUUAGUGACGCUGCCAAUUUUUUAGGCAGCGCCUUUUCGCUGGCCAGCCACUCCACUGCGAUGUGUGACGUGGGGGGGAGCCACUCGGAGCGGUACCAAUCAGGGACCUACCAAUCGGGGGGGUACCCAUCGGGGGGAUACCCGUCGGAGGGGUAUCCGUCAGAGGAGUACGAGGCGCAUUUCAGUCCGCAUAAACUGUACGGAAGCCCCACCUACCGGCUCGAGCAUAAGAGGGAACCAUGGAAGAGGAGCAGCAUACAAGGGAAAAGGGUAACGCAGGGAAGACACAGCACUGUAAACAGGAUCCCGAAUGAAGGGGAAGGACGACGAGCAAAAAGGAGAGAUGACCCCGGAAAGACAAAGUAUGAACUUAGCUCCUGUCCAUCGAGUUCACUUUCCUACCAGAAGAACUAUUUACCUCCCUCCAGAGGGAACGCAUUCAAAUGUUUGAGGGGGCAGGUUAGGAGAGGUCUGAGCACACACAUGGAAGGAGGUGAGAAUAACCGACCAUUCCCUGCAGGAGGAAGGUAUGCCAAGUGGGAGAGCCUUGACAGGGGUAGAGAACCUCCUUACCCAAGUGAGAGCAGACCCCUUGGUCCGAAAAGAAGUACCACCUGUGUGCAGGAGAAAAGCAAAUUUGAAGUGAAAAAUAUCAUGCAGCGUGAAAGAAACAUGUUCAAUGAGCGUACUGAUGAGAGGAAGGAGAGGGUGAACCGAUUCCCUAUUUGGUAUUUGCCUAAUGGGGAAGGAGUGCAGGCACCAGUACCGGUUCAGUUGGACAAAUGCAAUGACCAGUUGAGCAGUGCCUUUAGUGGUGAGAGUGGAGGCCAUUGCAGCCGUCCGGGUGAUGAUCCCCGUGAAGGAACACCUAUGAACGGGAAGAGAACAAAUGCCGGAGCGACUCCCCCCCAGUUAACUCCAAGUGUUCACCAUCCCUGUGAGGAACAGGCCAAAUGCUACAUAUGCUCAUUCCCCAUCGGGGACAGUGAGGAGGAAUUCAUUUUAAAAAAAAAAAAAAAGAACUACCAGGUGGGAAGGAUGAAAAAAGGGGAGACAUACGAACGGAAGGAAUACACAUCGAAAAACUGUUUGAGGGAAGGUGAUUCGUUGUAUCGUCGAAACGGAUGUGACGUGAGUCAUCUACCCCAAGGAGACAUGCUUAUUCGGAAGGGAAGCAAAAACAGUGAGAGAGGAAGACUCCGCUCCAGACAGACAAUCCAUGGAGGUUCUGGAAAGUACUCUUGUAUGGCUGAUCAGGAGGGGGAGGUAAAAAAAAUGGAGACUCCAGGAAGGUACAUGGAGGUCCACCGGGGUGAAGACAACGGACAUGGUACUAAUAUGACAUACCAGUCAGUGAGGGAAGACGAACCGGAUGAAUCCUCCUUCGUCAUCGAUUCGAGUGGCCCCACACAUGGACGCAAUUUGAAGUGGGAGGGAAGUGACAAAAGGGAGGAAGCUAUUUGGGAUGGCGAAGGCUUCUCAUUACAGAGAAAUAUCCAACAGGGACGUUUGCAAAGAAACAUUCCCACGUGUGCAGUUAAGGGGAACGAUGGAUUGAACGGUACAAGGAGAAACAGUCAUUGGAGCAGUAACGCAGGGAGGAUUUCCCUACAUGAGAAGAAAUGUGCCAGACAGGAUUUGUUCCCUCCAGGGGUAGCCCCUCGUGAUGUAGACCCCUUCAGUGAGGCAUACAACACGUGGGUGUAUAAAGAAAGGGUGUCUGCGUCUGGCGAACGGGACGGGGUCAGCGUAGGAAGUGUCAUCGUGAAUGAAGGAAUACGAGAGGGGAAACCCAAGACUCUCUUCUGGAAGAUCAGUGAAGGAGACACGUUCAACAUUCCCGUCGAAGGGGACAACGCAAAGGUUCUGCAUGUAGGGGAGGUUCUCGGACAGAGGCCUGAAGAGAGGCACCAAGGAUUUGGCACCGAGGGGGGGACAAACAGAAGGCGUGCCGCGUCGAACGGUGCCAUUUUGAAAAAAGUCCUGAGAAUGAAAAUGGAGGCCAUGCGAAGGGAAAAGGGAAACCUGAUCGGAGGAGAGGCGAAGCCAAGGAAAGUAACGGCAUCGGUGGGUCCGGCUCCGGCUGAAUAUAACACAAAUAACAUACUAAAUGAAGAGAGGAACCGACUUAGGGAAUAUGAAAAGGGGGGGAGAGGCACACAGGGGGAGGGGAAACAGACGAACAGUAGGGAUGGUGAAGGAUUGGUACGUGAGAAAUUGUCUGGACAGGAGGGGGAACCCCCUCGCAGUACAGGUAGACUAAGUAGAGGAACUCGCAAUAGUGACCCUCCCAAUAGGCUUCCCCCAAGCAGUUGCGUGGAGAGAAACGUCCCUCGUGAGAUGGCACCCGCUGUAGAAGCUUGCUCCGUUAGAAGCGUAUCAACCCUGGAAAGGAUUCCUUCGUCGAGACACACUCAGAGGAAGUACUCCCCGAGGGGCGGACUGACCAGAAAUGAACCCAUUAGACUGAAGCGACUGAACACGGUAAACACGGUAAACCCGGACGACAGGAAGAAUGAGUAUGACAUGGAGGUGGAACGCUUUAACGAGUCCUUCUACUGCAACAUGAAACGGAUCAGGAGUGACGACGUGUACCCGAAUUCAGAGGAACCAAUUAGCACAUCCCAGAAGAGGAGGUUAAUGAAGGCCUACCUAGAGGACCUCCGGAAAAAGAAGGAUAACAAAAAGGUAUACAAUUAUAAGCUAAAAUAUAACAUUGAGUUUUUUAAAUUCGCUCAGCUUAUAUGUCAGGACAAGAGCUUCUGUAGCAACUACUUGGGACAGAUGAGCAGUAACAUGGAUGCCAAUGGGGACGACAUCGACAGAAUUGCCUUCUCCAUCGUGAAGCUGUUUAAUGCGCGCUGA